AUGGCCCUCUCCAAGAGCCCCAGCCUCACGAGGUUCCUCUCCGACUUUACCCUCGGCUUCUCGGACGGCCUGACCGUGCCCUUUGCCCUCACCGCGGGCCUCAGCUCCCUGGGCAAGGCCGACACCGUCAUCUACGCCGGGCUCGCCGACCUCUGCGCCGGCAGCAUCAGCAUGGGCAUUGGCGGCUACCUCGCCGCCCUCGACGAGCUGCCCGCGCCCGCAUCUGCCACGCAGCAGCAGCUCUCCGGCGGCGACGCCGAGGAGCUUCGGGGCAUGCUACGCCAUCGCGGCUCCCACAGCGACGACGACGACGACGCCGCCGCCGCCGCGCAUGAAAAGGACGGCGACGCCACCACCGCGCACGAGCAGCUCGUCCUGCGUCACCUCGAGCCCCUCUGCCUUUCCGCGACGACGGCGGCCAACAUUGUCGCCACGCUCCGCAGCCAGCCCGGCGGCCUGGACCGUGCCGUCUGCGGCAUCGAGGCGCACAACGACGACGUCGGCGUGGCGGCCGGCGACGGCGACGCGCAGACGCUGCCCAUCUGGCCCGUCGCCUCGGGCUGCUCCAUUGCCCUGGGCUACGCCAUUGGCGGCACCAUCCCGCUGCUGCCGUACUUUUUCGCCGCCACCGUCGGGCUGGGCCUGCGCUGGAGCAUCGGCCUGUGCCUGGUCGCGCUCAUGUCGUUUGGCACCGGCAAGAAGUGGCUGCUCGGCGGCGAGCAUGUCCGGUGGAGGCAGUGCGUCUGGUCGGGCCUGCAGAUGCUGGCCCUGGGCAGCAUUGCGGCCGCCGCGGCGGUGGCGUGCGUCAACUUGCUCGGCUCGGUCGCGGAAGCGCCCUGA